AAGUAUCAGAAUGUUUCCCACGGCCAUCUGAUACACUGACUGCAAACCAGGCAGGUACCAGACCUAUUAACCCCUUCGCUGUCAUACUGAGUAGCGUUUAAGGGGUUAAUGGCACCCAGCACUGCCUGCUUUGUGAAGGCUUCGCUAACCUCCCCCUCUCUCCUCCCCCUGUCCCCUCCUUCCCCCAUCCCUCCCUCCCUCCCUAGCACGGUGGUGCAGCGCUGGGAUCCUCUCUCUCUGCCUGUGAAACAUUUCCCAGCACAGGGACAGGCUAGGGGAGGGAGAGGGAGAACUAGCAGGCCGGGGAUCGGGCCCAGAACCCAGAAGCAGCCAUGAGAACAACAGCCAUUAAAAUUAUUAGAAGACACAAUCCAUCAUUACACUCGUAAUUCUACAAAGGAUGCAUGACAGCUAUUUAAAUCCAAGGCUUCCUCCUCCGGCAGGUCUCAUUUGCCUUACUGCCGGAGAGUCCCUUCUUUGGCCGAAUCCUCUUGCCCGUUUCUUCCUAGAUUUGGACAUUGGAUGGACGUGCCAUGGUGACAUGAACCAGUUGAGCUAAGGGUUUUGAGAACAAAACCAAGUUAUUUUUUUCAGGAGCAAUCAUUUGUGUGAUCUUGUUCUGCACCACUUGGGAAGGUAGCAGGAUCAUGAGCGUGUCCCUGAAGUCACGCAGAUUCUGUAGGCCGGUAAGCCCACAACUGGUCCUUCUGCUUCUUUUUGCUUUCUGCCUUCUAAGUGUAUUCAUCUCUGCUUAUUACCUGUAUGGCUGGAAAAGGGGGCUUGAGCCCUCAGGAAGUGAGGCACAGUCCCCAGACUGUGAUGAGCCCAAAAUCAGUCCUUCCCGAUUGCUACCAGUGAAGCCUAUGAGGCCCGUGGACUCGUCCCGCACAGAUCCCCUGGUUCUUGUCUUUGUUGAAAGCCUCUACUCACAGCUUGGGCAAGAAAUAGUUGCCAUUUUGGAGUCCAGCCACUUUAAAUAUCGCACAGAAAUUGCUCCAGGGAAGGGGGAUAUGCCUACUCUUACCGAUAAAGACCGAGGGCGAUUUGCACUUAUCGUGUAUGAAAACAUCCUGAAAUAUGUUAACCUUGAUGCAUGGAAUCGUGAAUUGCUGGACAAGUACUGUGUGGAAUAUGGGGUCGGCAUCGUUGGAUUUUUCAAGGCCAAUGAGAACAGCUUGCUGAGUGCCCAACUAAAAGGUUUUCCUCUCUACCUUCAUUCAAAUCUGGGCCUGAAGGACUGCAGUAUCAACCCAAAGUCCCCUCUUUUGUACAUCACCCGACCGAAUCAGGUGGAAAAAGGAGAUCUUCCUGGGGAAGAUUGGACAGUCUUCCAGUCGAACCAUUCUACAUAUGAGCCUGUGCUUCUAGCCAAGACCAAGUCUGCGGAGUCCAUACCUCACUUAAGUGUGGAUGCAGCCCUUCACACCACUGUUGUACAGGACCUGGGACUGCAUGAUGGAAUACAAAGGGUUCUCUUUGGCAACAAUCUAAACUUUUGGCUCCACAAGCUGGUGUUUGUGGACGCAGUGUCAUUCCUGACAGGCAAGAGGUUGUCCCUUCCCCUCAACCGCUAUGUGCUUGUAGACAUUGAUGAUAUAUUUGUGGGCAAGGAAGGAACACGCAUGAAAGUGGAAGAUGUGAAGGCACUGUUUGACACCCAGAAUGAGUUACGCACUCACAUCCCUAAUUUUACCUUCAAUCUUGGUUUUUCUGGGAAGUUCUUCCACACAGGCACCGAUGCAGAGGAUGAAGGAGAUAACCUUUUGCUUUCCUACGUCAAGCAGUUUUGGUGGUUCCCUCAUAUGUGGAGCCACAUGCAGCCUCAUCUAUUCCACAACCAGUCCGUGCUAGCAGAGCAGAUGGCCUUGAACAGGAAGUUUGCUGUGGAUCAUGGUAUACCUACAGAUAUGGGAUAUGCAGUGGCCCCUCAUCAUUCUGGAGUGUAUCCUGUUCAUGUACAGCUGUAUGAAUCGUGGAAGCAGAUAUGGGGGAUUAAAGUUACAAGUACCGAGGAAUACCCUCACCUAAAACCUGCACGAUUUCGCAGAGGCUUCAUCCACAACGGAAUAAUGGUCCUGCCUCGCCAGACCUGUGGCCUCUUCACGCAUACCAUAUUCUAUAAUGAGUAUCCUGGAGGCCCAGUGGAAUUGGACAAGAUUAUUAAUGGUGGAGAACUCUUCCUGACUGUGCUGCUCAACCCUAUCAGCAUUUUCAUGACUCACUUGUCUAAUUAUGGCAAUGAUCGUCUGGGACUCUAUACGUUCAAGCACUUGGUAAAGUUUCUGAACACCUGGACAAAUCUCAAACUGCAGACACUGCCUCCAGUACAGCUUGCUCACAAGUAUUUUCAGAUCUUCCCAGAGGAAAAGGACCCCUUGUGGCAGGAUCCAUGUGAGGACAAAAGACACAAAGAUAUUUGGUCCAAAGAAAAGACAUGUGACCGCUUUCCCAAACUGCUCAUCAUAGGACCUCAGAAAACAGGAACCACUGCUCUUUAUUUGUUUCUAUCCAUGCACUCUGACCUGAGCAGUAACUAUCCCAGUACUGAGACUUUCGAGGAAAUCCAGUUCUUUAAUGGCCAGAAUUAUCACAAAGGCAUUGAUUGGUACAUGGAGUAUUUUCCCAUUCCUUCAAACACCACGUCUGAUUAUUAUUUUGAGAAGAGUGCAAACUACUUUGAUUCAGAAGUGGCACCAAGGCGAGUGGCAGCUCUACUGCCAAAAGCAAAACUCAUUACAAUCCUCAUCAGUCCUGCAGACCGUGCUUACUCCUGGUAUCAGCACCAGAGAGCCCAUGAUGAUCCUGUGGCCUUGAAAUAUACCUUUCAAGAGGUAAUAACAGCAGGUCCAGAUGCUCCUCAGAAACUAAGAGUCCUACAGAACCGGUGCCUAGUCCCAGGGUGGUAUUCUACCCACUUGGAACAUUGGCUAAACCAUUUCCACACUAACCAGAUUUUGGUACUAGAUGGUAAAUUGCUGCGUACCGAGCCAGCAAAUGUCAUGGAUACUGUGCAGAAGUUUUUAGGAGUCACAAAUACAUUGGAUUACCAUAAAGCUCUGGCGUUUGAUGCCAAGAAAGGAUUCUGGUGCCAGCUGCAAGAGGGUGGAAAAACCAAGUGUUUGGGGAAGAGUAAAGGAAGAAAAUACCCAGACAUGGAUUCUGAUUCCAGCGCCUUCCUUACAGACUAUUAUAGGGACCAUAACAUCGAACUUUCCAAGCUGCUUUACAAGAUGGGCCAGACUCUACCCACCUGGCUCCGAGAGGAGCUGCAAAACACUAGGUAGCUGUUGCUGCUAGUUUCAGACUAAGGUCUCAGGAAACCCCUGGCCAAGUAGAAACUGUAUCGCUGAUCUGUCAACUUGGCCACAUCGAAAGUAAAGUGUGUAAAACUUUCUGGUAACAUUCUGGUAACAUUGGGGGAAAAGUUAUCUGGAUAUUUUUUUCUUAAGACCUUUUAAUGCUGAAGGCAUCAAACAGCCACUGUUUGCACCCUUAAAGGCCUGUUUUAAAGGCCUCAUUUAUUUUCUGUGGGAUCCUUUGUUUUAUAGGGUCCUGCACAUGUGUCUGACUGUUGUUCUUGGACUCAACCACUUAUUAAGUAUUAUGGCCCAUUGAUUAGUUUGAAAUGGCCAACACGUGAAUUUCGGGAAGUUAUGUAACCUAAUAUCUACUACAAUGAGCUUGAAGAUCUAAAGAAGCUGAUUGACCAUAAUGCCAGAAGCUGGAAAUACCAUAAAUCAUGUCACAUAAUGGAGAACUGUCACAAAUCUAGAAAUACCAUGUAUUUCAAGAAUAUGUCCCGGUCUUCCUAGGUGGUAACUGCAACCGUUAAGGAGCUGGUUAUUUGAAUGAUCUUUGGGAAUCCAGAGGUUACUUAGCUAUGUGAAUGCCUCUGAGCCCAAGGCUUUAAUGUAUUUUUUGGUGCUUGAGAAGUCUGUGUUAUCUGCAGAUUAAUAUGCAUUGUAAUGCACCUUUUGUGAAAUGUAUUAAUGGAUGUAGGUACGAAAGCUUUUUGACAAGCUUGUAGACUUCCCCACCAUAAAGAGAGAAACAUUGUUGCCCCUUUGUGUUGCUACUGGGCAAAUUAUGGUGGAGUCACAGCAACUAACCAAGUUGGCAACUUGACUCUUAAAAGCCUUGUAGCAAAAUAAUUAAAUAAAAAAUCAGGGGUUUUUGAAUGGAAGUUAUGGUUGCACUUUGACGUAAGGUUCUUCAAUCUCAAACUGUAAUCCAAAUGACCUUCUCUAAAGCUCGGUAUUACUUUUUUGCCUAACUCUUAACAACAAGGAAUGUCCUAAAGGUGCAGUCCCACUUGGAGAGGUGUUAAGGAGGCAACCUAGAAGGGACUCUGUCAUGCAUAAUAUAUUCGUAACAUGGAAUUCACCUAAUCUUUUAUACUAAGCAUUGUGGGACCCAUGUAUUGCCUUGUAAAUAUUUGUAUCGUUCUUACAGUAUCUUUCCAUAAAACACCACAAGAUAGACUUAAGAAUUGGCUGAAUGCAUUAUUUAGGGUUUAAAUACUAUAGUUAUGUUCUGCCUAUACAAGUAACCACAUGGACAUUCCUUCAUAAAGGCAUCUAUAACAGAAUGCUUUACAAAUUGUCUCAGAAUGCUUUAUACAAUGGAUAGAUUACAAAGCCUUCUGGAACACAGAGUACUGCAGUAUGGAUCCUAGUGCAAGAAAUGGUAUGUGAGUAGCAAAAUAUAUUGAUGGAAAAAUUGGAUAUUAUGUAUGAGAGAGUCCAUUAAGCUGCCAAAUUAAUAUUUAAUUUGCAAAGUCAUUACAACUUAAGCUUGAAAAGCUGAACAAAAAGAAAUCAUAAAUUUCAAUAUAUAGGACAUGUUUGCUAAUGCCCUAAAACCUGUGUGUAUAUGUGCCUUUAAAAAUAUACUUUUUUAAAAUCUGAUUCUUGUAAGUAAUUGGGCAAUGAGAAUCAUUUUGCGUACCCCCUUACGAUAUGGAGGGAUAAAAUUGUAAUAUAUUCAAUCCCUCCUAGCGUGUUUGUUUAAAUCGGCACCUUCUGGAUAACCUCAUGAUGAAGUUUGGACCAUAUGAAGACUCUGAGUACAUUUGUUACAAAUGUUGUUCUCUUCAUGAAAGUGGAACUGCACCUUUUUUGUUUUUAAAGACAGUGAUUAUGCAUAUGUAUUGUCUGCCCCUUUCACUGGGUAGCACUUAAGCAAUAAUGCCCACAUUAAUGGGCAGUCAUUAGAUUAGACCCUCAAAGGGUUAGGAUGGUAAAAUACCACUGCCUUAUGGAAACUACCCACUACAUGAACAAAUUUUAAUGUGUAAACAGAGGGAACAACUUUUAGAUGUUCCUUUUUAUUGUUUUAUUUUAGAUGAUCUGGGGUUAUUGAAUCUAUGAAAUUAAACCUAUUGUCUUCAUACAACUUUGCUUCAUUCAGUAGCACUCUAAAAUCAGACUUAAUUUUUUUAAUUGUGGAUGCGAUUUUCUUUUGGUUUUAUAACUAAAAUGUAUAUGCUUUUAUCCAACCAAGCUACAACAGUUCUCAUUUGAAGAUAGGCAAUGAGAUAAUAGGUUAAUUUACCAACUGUUGUAUCUGGUAAAACAGAUUUGUUCUAUUCUCUAGCGUUUUCUGAACCAUUCGUCUUUCUAACAUUGGUAAAACAGGUUUCAUUGUGCUGAGUAAUACUUUUUAAACUCAGGACAUGUUUGAAAACGAGAGCAUUGGUUAGCCCACCAGUAGUAGAAACUUGUCAAGCAUUGGGGUUGUUGAUUCGAGUCCAACUCUGUUCCGGCCCAAUAUCAAUUAAAUGCAAAAAAUGACAUCUGUUGUCACAACAGUUGAAAUUAUCUUCUCGCUUUCAGGCAGCGUACCCUCAAGGUAAACAUUGAUCUUUCCUCCUUUUGUACACUCUUUCCUGCCUCCCUGCAUUGCAUUGCAUGCCUGCUGAGCCAGUGAAAAAGUCUGAUUAAAUACUUCUCUUUGAGAAGCAUUUCAUUGCAUCAUGCGACAGAACUGUAGUAUCCAAAGAGGAGUAAUAAUCCGUACAGGGAACUUUAACUGGCGCUGGAUUACAGGUAAGUUUAAAGUUGUUUGUUUUUUUGUAGUUCAAUUCCAUUUAUUUUUGG